CGGUGGGGGUGGGGAGAGGGGGAGACGCGCGCCUAGUCUGCGCCUAGCCAACGGACGCGUAGCGGCCGCUUCGCAGUCCGAAGAAGAGAUUCGAACGCCGCCGCCGCAUUGCCGCCUCGCCAAGGAUGACUCGAUUAAGAUCAGCAUCGAGAAUACGAACACGUGCACCGAUUCGCUGGUGACGGCCAUCGACGACGAAACGUUGUUAAUUACGGAUUACCUUUCCAACGACAUGAAUUACAAAGGCAGCGGGAAGGUGCACUUCGACGAUGUGUCCCUUUAUGGCACUCCGAAAGAGGAGCCCGGACCCACACCACUGGGCUCCGCAGAAGCGGGCAAACAAAGUUUUAUCAAGAACCAACUGCAGGCCCUCUUUCAACCCACCGACAACAAGUUAGCUAUGAAAUUGUUCGGCUCAAAAAAGGCUUUAAUGAAGGAACGGAUCAGGCAAAAGGCUGCAGGUCAUUGGGUCAUACAUCCUUGUUCCAGUUUUCGGUUUUACUGGGACUUGUGUAUGCUGUUACUGUUGGUGGCGAAUUUGAUAAUAUUACCAGUCGCAAUAAGUUUCUUUAACGAUGACCUUAGUACCCGCUGGAUUGCCUUCAAUUGUCUGUCCGAUACCAUUUUUUUAAUCGAUAUUGUUGUAAAUUUUAGAACAGGUAUAAUGCAACAAGACAAUGCCGAGCAAGUCAUAUUAGAUCCAAAAUUGAUAGCCAAGCACUAUUUGAGGACAUGGUUUUUCCUCGAUCUAAUUUCGUCCAUUCCCUUAGAUUAUAUAUUUUUAAUAUUUAACCAAGAUUAUGGUGACAGUUUUCAAAUCCUGCACGCGGGACGCGCGCUGCGCAUCCUGCGUUUGGCCAAGCUGCUGUCGCUGGUACGCCUGCUCCGACUGUCCAGGCUCGUGCGAUACGUCAGCCAAUGGGAGGAAGUAUACAUCUUGCAGAAUCUCCAAAAAAAGCGAACAGAACGGAGGGGCCGCCUCAGUUCGGAUAUCAGCAAGUUUAAUACCACCAAAAGCAAUCUCAUCUUUAAGUUUUUGAACAUGGCCAGCGUGUUUAUGAGGAUAUUCAACUUAAUUUGUAUGAUGCUGCUAAUCGGACAUUGGUCGGGAUGUUUACAAUUUUUAGUCCCCAUGCUGCAAGGAUUCCCCCCGAAUUCGUGGGUGGCCAUCAAUGAAUUACAGGAAGUGUCCUGGUUAGAGCAAUACUCCUGGGCCCUCUUCAAAGCGAUGUCCCACAUGCUCUGCAUCGGUUACGGUAGGUUCCCACCCCAGUCGCUCACCGACAUGUGGCUCACGAUGCUCUCGAUGAUCUCCGGAGCGACGUGCUACGCUCUAUUCUUAGGCCACGCGACCAACUUGAUCCAGAGCUUGGACUCGUCGAGAAGACAAUACAGAGAAAAGGUAAAGCAAGUCGAGGAGUACAUGGCGUACCGCAAGCUGCCCAGGGAGAUGCGCCAGCGCAUCACCGAGUACUUCGAGCACCGCUACCAGGGCAAGUUCUUCGACGAGGAGUGCAUCCUGGGAGAGCUGUCGGAGAAGCUGCGAGAGGACGUCAUCAACUACAACUGCAGAUCGCUAGUGGCCUCUGUUCCGUUCUUCGCGAACGCCGACUCGAAUUUUGUAUCCGAUGUUGUUACUAAGUUGAAAUAUGAAGUCUUCCAACCUGGUGAUAUUAUAAUAAAAGAAGGAACGAUCGGUUCCAAGAUGUACUUCAUACAGGAGGGAAUCGUCGACAUCGUGAUGGCGAACGGUGAGGUAGCAACCAGCUUAAGUGACGGUUCCUAUUUCGGUGAAAUUUGCCUGUUGACAAACGCCAGGAGAGUGGCGUCCGUCAGGGCGGAGACUUAUUGUAAUUUAUUUUCGUUAUCCGUGGAUCAUUUCAACGCAGUACUCGAUCAGUACCCCCUGAUGCGACGCACAAUGGAGUCAGUGGCGGCGGAGAGGCUGAACAAAAUAGGCAAAAACCCAAACCUCCUCGCCCAUCGAGAAGAAGACUUAGGUAGCGAAAGUAAGACCAUAAACGCCGUUGUCAACGCUCUAGCUGCGGAAGCAGACCAUGUAAAUAUGUCAAACGAAUCUGUAGCGCGCCUCCACUCCAGCGACCGAGACCUCCGAGAGCUAGGAUGGAACCUGCAGAAACUAUCCCUACCAAGACCCAAAUCAGAGAACAACUUCGCCUCGCAGGACAUGUCGUUGUUCAGGAGCAGCGAAAACAACGGAAGGAUAUCUUUCCAUAAAUCUGACACUUUCCACAAGGAAUCCAGCCUACAAUGACGGCACUCCACGCACUAGUGUUCAGUGUUGUCAGAUCAACUGUGCCAGAUGCCGGUGCUCACUGUUGCCACAGCUGCACUCAUUCUGCGCACGGACCACCAUUGAACUGGCCAUACACUGCAUUAGUGCGUGCGAGAUUGGACAGCAACUGUUCAGGGACUCGAUCAAAUUCGUGUGAUAACUGAACGAAUGACAUGUUUUUAUUUUUAGCAAUAAACUCUUUGAACUGAGCACAUUAUUAAUAGGAAAACAUACAGGAAAUAACAGUACUCUUCUACAGUUCUGUAAUACAGCUAACUAAAGAAUGUAUAUAAUAAUUUUUUACAUAAUAUACAUAUUUCAUACUGAGCGACCCAGUUGUUUACAGCAUUUAACUAGGAAACUUUUGAACGUAUUUGAAUUAUUGUUGAGAAAUCAGUGUGGUUCGUUCUUAUCGCUAAGUUUCUCUUCCCAGUAAAAAUUUUUAAAGAAAAGAUUGAUUUUUUCGUCGUCUCCUUCAUUUAAGAAUAUAGUCAUCAACAUGUCUUUGUAUUAGGCUGUUCUGAUGAGUUAUUCAAAGCCUAGUUCUAUCUAAUGUUAUACGACCAGGACAUAUCUUGAUUUUUCCAUUAAAUGUAAUAAGUACUGUGGUCUUAAAGAAGACCAACAGUUUCCUUAUUGGUAGUUUUAGGCUCUCUUUUGAUUCAAUCCUCAGUUGACCAGUGAAUUCGUGCCUUAUAUCACUUGGCAUAUUGUAAUGGCAUAGGAUGUGUAUGGCAGUAUCUUCUUCCAUUUCGCAUUUUCUGCAACAUGGUUCAUUCACUUACAUAUAUGGCAUAGAAUCUGUAUGGCAGUCUCUUUUUCCAUUUAGCAUUUUCUGUACCAUGGUUCAUUCGCUUAUAUGGCAGAGUAUGUGUAUGGCACUCUCUUCUUCCAUUUAGCACUUUCUGCACCAUGGUUCAUUUACCUUACCUAGUUUGUAUAAGUGUGUUCUAAAACAACAAUGUCUAGUCACCAUUUCAGUGACCCUGUCAUCUGCCGCUUGGCUAGCUGUAUAAAUGAUUCUUUUUGUUUUGGGGUCUUCAUGAUUUCAUCAAUACGGGCCACCAAAGCAAAAUCAUUAGCCUGAAACAGUUGUUUAUUGACUUAGGCUGUAAGAUUUGUUAUAAUUAUAAAUCUGCCCAGACUCCGGAUACAGUACCAUGAGCAGUUUUGAUUUUAAUCUUAGUCAGUAGUUGUUUCUCUACGUUUAAUCUAUUUAGGGCUUCUUUAUUUUCUUCUUUAUCUCUUUGUUGCGCUUUUCAGGUAAUUUUCAAAAUUCACCGAUACACCCACAUUUUUUCACAAUGGCUUUAACUUAUUCAGACUUCUGAUUUUUUUGAGUCCAUGUUUUAACUCCUUAGAGUAAAACAGACCAAACGUAACAUUUAGCAAGGUUUUACAAGGUAUUUUGCUUGUUUUGGGUUACCCUUACAUUGGCUUUGUCUUGUCAAUGUUUACCUAUUUCGAAUUAUUGACAAGUCCAUCUAAGGCUUCCUGUAAGCAUCUGUCUGUAUAACUAGCAAAAGGGUAGGUAUGUGCGUGGGUUAUACUAGGACUUUUUACUUCAUUCAUUUUUAGAGCUGUAAAAAUUUUUUCAGGGCUUUCUUGAACAGCAGUUUCAACUAGUGGUUAAACAGCAUGGGGAUGAACACAAACACAUGUGUGACUCCUUUACAUAGGAAUCCAUUUCUGGAUGUUUGUUCAUGGAUUAUAUUUUUGGCAUUAUAUUUUAGUCUGAGAUUUUUAUCAUACAAGUUAAUAUACAAUAGAGAAUCUAACAUACACUAUAGAAGCUCUUUCUAAUAGAUAUACGGCUUCGCGAGGUUACACUAUCUGUCUCCAAAGAGGUCUAUCCAGAGCCACUGUUCGCCACCUUCUGACUCCAACUUCCUCGCAUAUUCUCCAACGCCUUCGAUCCAAAGAAAAGGGGAUUUUUCUCGACGUCAUUUAUCUCCUCGGUGGAGGUUUUCACUCUAUAUUACCCAUACAGGUCCAGUGUGUAUCUGACUCCCUCGUCUCAUGACAGUUACAUAAAAUAAUAAAGAUAAUUGUUUGAUUUGGUCAAUAAAUUGGUAGUGUAGACAUUUCUUAGGUUAUGUGAGGUUAGAAGUAUUUUCUUCAAGUCUUCGUUUAUCUGUCAUAUGUCACAUCAACUAUUUUUGUUCUUGUAUAGCUGUUUUGGUUUGAUGAAGCUGAAAACGUUGAUGUUGUUGUUCAGUGGAUAUGUCCUGAGCUUUUAAAUGUAUUUUUCUUCUUCUUUCGCCGUUAUUUAUGCAGAGUUUACUUUAAUUUCAUUGGCCAUACUUUUGGAUUAUCUUUACUUAAUACAAAAUGUUGACAUUUUCUUGGAAAGCGCUGUAAAAACGUUUGGGGCACUAUGUAUAUAACUUGAAACUUAUCUAAAUUUUGUUUUGUAUAAAUACAAUUACAUAAAAAACUUCUCAAGCCUUAACGGUACAAAUUAUCAUACGAAAUGCAUCGAAUUCUUGUCAGGUUGCUGUAAUCUGUUUUUUAUUUUGUUAAAGCAAUAAGUGAAAUGGACACUUCGCUAGAAUGUGCAAUAUUAGGACUAAUAUUAAGUUUAGCUUUAAUCAUUUAGGUGCUCAACAAAUUUGUAAUGGAUACUAGAGACUUCACAAACCCGGUUUUUGGGUACUCCCGUCACUGUUUUUGCGCUGCAUCGUUUCUAGGUGACGACAACUUAUUAUUAUAUUUGGUAAUGUAAAAAAAAUCGACUGCGGUUAUACAGAGGAAGAAUAUAAAUAUAUCUAUUGAUUAGGAGGAAUUCAAAUAUAUAUUGCAUAAGAAAAAAUCGAUAUCGAUUAAGAAUUUAAAGGUUACUAAUAGAAGUUUAAUAAAAAUAUCUUUUGUGUUUGUAAAAAUCGACUGCUAAAGUCCGACGUCACCAAAAUAGUAAUAACAAACAAACAAAAUUGUAAUAACAGCUAAAAACCCAUGACAUAUUAUUUCAACUUUAUUCCUAUACUACACAUUUUGUAAAUAUUAAGUCUACAAUCCUAACCUCAAACGUUUUUAUGCUUAAAAAAUUACUAAAAGGUACUUCACUUGUCAACAACUCAGCAAUAACAUAAACAAAUCGUACUUGUUUAUAGGGCUAUUUAUCGCGGCCAUUUUUCUGGUACUCUUGACAUAUGACGUACACUAUACGUCAUAUUUCAUUGGUAUAUACCAAUUAUACAUACCAAAGACGUAUGACGUAUAAAUAUUAUACGACAUAUGCCAAGAAGACGAGGAAAAUAACUAAAAGAAACUAAUAGCGCUAUUGAUACGUCUUUGCUAUGGUUAUUUUAUAGAAAAUGAGCACGAACGCCCACAUUAACAACAAAUUUAAGAAAUAAAUAUAUUAAAACACGUGUUGUGGGUUACGGCAGUUUAUUUGAAAUAAUUUCUAAACUCAAACUUCUACUAUGACGUCACGGCUGUAGUAGUCGAUUUUUUGCAAAUAAUCCUUCAUAGCAAUUUUGUGAUUACAUAUUUUUUAACUUAUUUAUUAGUGAUAUUAGAUUUUGAAUCCUAAUUCCUGUUACUUUUACGAAUUAAAUCAUUGACAACCUACCAUUAGGUAAAUAUAUUUAAACAAAUCGUUGAUUUAGAAUAUUCUUAGUAUUUGUAGGUAAUUAUUACUUUUAUCUUCUUAGGUUUAGAUUUCUAUUUCUUCUGGCCUUAUUUGAAAAUAUCUGCGCAGUAUUUUUCUCUAAUUUUUUACAAUGUUGAGUGUUAGUUAAAAUAUUUUGGAUGAAAUUUUAGAGCAAGAGAAGGUCCUAAAUGCCAACUAUAUUGCUCGUGCUAUAAUCUUCGGGAUGAUUUGUUUGUGAACAUCGAAAACUUCAUCUACAACUUACUUUUUUAUUUUUGUUUUGCUCUAAGUCGAUCUUAUUUUGAGAUACGCUCGGGGGGUCAUUUAUAAUUUCUUUCUCGCAUGGUGCUUUUUCCUCUACGACUAUCUUUACAAUUUUUCGUAAAACUAUGUCGAGUCCAGGUGCUCUCCAGGCCUUUAGUGGUUUACCCAUCUCCAUCAGCUCCUCUGUAGAGUAGUCUCUUCGAACUUCUUUAUCUCUCUCUGUCGGAAUAGCUCUUCUUCUGCAGAAUAUUGAUAACUAUCUGGUAAGCAACACCCCAGAUUAUCAUUUUCAAGCUGGGUAAAGCACAUUUCUUUCCAGUACCUUUUCAUUGCUUAAUCUUCUCCUUUGCAAAAAUUUUGACCUCUCUGCCUCUUCGUAUACCGUUUGGUUCUUUUUUUUUGCUCUAGUGACGUAUCUUCUCAGUUCAAUGUAUCCUCUUCUUAUUUCCUCUAUGUUGACUGUCCACCAUUUAUUCGCCACCUAAUGUUUUGACACACACUUCUUCUUCCAACAUACUGAUAUGUUCUGAACAGUGAGAUCUCUUCUGUCUAUCUAAUUUUUGCUCUAUCGAAGAAUUGUGCUAGUCUUUUUGGACAGUAUCUUGUUUUUGGUUAUGUAUUUACCUUUUUGUUGCUAUAUUUGUAUAUUUACCUUCUUUAAAUUAUUGAGAAUAGGUACAAGUUUUGUAUUGGUUCUUUAAUAUCCUAACAUAUUUAUUUUCUUUUCAUUAGUUUGUAUCAUAGAUUAUAACGUAGAAAAAUGGCUGGUAUUUUAGGAUCUUCUUUACUCAAUGAAUAAACUAUUUAUUCCAACUUAGUAAUUUUAAAAGAAUUAUGUUGCAUCAAUUAAAAACAUCCUAGUUGUUUACUUUAGAUAAAUAUUUUCCUGAAACAACAAGGAAUUGAAUCGAUUAUUUUGUAUUUAAAUAAUUAAACGGGUUGACUACGUUAAAAAAAAUUCUUCUUUGUACCAUACAUAUAAACAAAAGGUAGGUGCUUUGUACUCAAACCCCAAUGCAGUAACCAGAAUUGCACAAAUACUGUACCAGUUGAAGCUGGUACAAUACUGUACCAGUUCCUCGAAACUGGCACAAUACUGUACCAGUUGCUCGAAGCUGGUGCAAAUUAGAGGAAUAUAUACGACACGACCCUGUCAUCACAACUGUUUCCUUCCUACAGACGAUUCUUAUUCCCUGAUCAAUUGUAUAUACGAAAAUACCUUCAUUUUAUAAUAAAAUUGAAAACGUAUUAAAAAUUAUAUUAGGAAACUUGCACACAUUGUAAAGGUAUUAGCUUACUACGGUCGGGUCAGGCAAAUGAGACAACACGAGUGAUUCAAAAGAUCUCUCUAUCAUUUUCUACACAAAGAGAGCAAUUCGAUAGUAAUUUAUUAACUACUUGACUUGCGUGAAUAGAUCAACUCUUGUAACUGUAGGUAGACAACUACAAGGCAACCUUUAAAAUACUCGGUACAUUAGAUUGAUCUUUAGCACUAAUUUUUGAGUACUGUAUAACACUUUGUAUUUCUUUAACAAUCCUCACUCAACUUCAUGUACAACUCUACGUUUUGUUGAAUGAGAAAACAACUUAUUAAAAGCUCCAUAAUAAUAAUAGCCCCAUAAUAAUAAUAAUAAUAAAAUCAUAUAGCUCCAUAGUGGAGCAAAGGGUACAUCAGUGUUUCAGUAGCAAAAGCAAAAGAUUUGAUGGCAAGGUUGCUAGCCUCACGCAUUAUUGCUUGAGUCCCGUCAAAUAUUAUUGAUUAAUUUUCUCCACUCUCUUCUGUUCCUUGCAAUAUUUUUUGCUUCGUUCCAUGUUAAAUUAAUUAACUUAUCUAAGUUUUUUUUCUAUCAUUCUCUUCCAUGUGGCUAAUGGUCUUUCUUGUUUUCUUUUACCUGGUAGUCUGUGCUUCCGUAACCUCUCCAUCUCAUGUAAUUUCUAUUUUUUCCUCGUUCGUUAUUCACCACAGUUCUUCGUUUGUGAUUUUAUUUGGUCAAAAUGCUUUCAAUAUUAUUCGUCGGAAAUUCAUCUGUUCACAAAGGAUUGCAUCUUUUGAAAAAGUUUCUUGCUAUAUUUCCAUGUAUCGGCUCCAUAUACUAAGACUGGUUUCACAUUUGUCUGGAAAAGGCGCAGUUUCGUUUUUUUUUUACUAACACUUGUCGAGGCACCUUGCGUAAUGUGUUGAAAGCGGUAUGUCUUUUUCUAUGCCACCUGUUGCAUUUACUAGACUACCCAGAUAGCAUAACUCUUCUACUUCUUCCAUUUUGUUUAUCCUCCAGGUAUGUAUAUCCGUCAUUGGUUUUUUUGCUUGAGAGUACCUAUAUGCGUUUCCUUAGUGUUUAUUUUUAAUCCAACAGUUUUUGCUAUGUUUUUUAAUCUGGUUGUUUUAUUUUGCAUUAUGUUGUUUAUUUGAUGUUAUGAGGCAUAUGUCGUCAGCAAAUUGUAGGUCCUCUAAGUUGUUUAAUAUUCGCCAUUGUAGUCCUGUUUUUAUUUUUGGUCUGCUUCAUUAUCCAAUCUAUUAUUACUAUGAACAGCGUAGGUGACAGAACGUAUCCCUGUGUUACUCCUUUAUUAAAAUUAAUUUGUUUGGAUAGUUCACCUUCGUGCUCAACUCUAGCAGUAUAUUGGUCGUAAAGGAGCCUUAUUAUCCUAAUAUAUUCCUUUGUCUGAUAAUCCGUAGUGUUUCAGUAUAUUCCACAUCAUGUUGCGGUUAAUCGAAUCAGGUUUUUUCAAAGUCUAUAAAAUUUAAAAAAUUUCCCACAUUUUUUCCGUUGCCUAUUCCAAAAUUAUUGUUAAAGUGUUCACAUGAUCUAUAAAAGAGUUGUUAGGCCGAAAUCCUGCGAAAAUCCUUGAGACAGGACAGAGGCAGGAAGACAGGAAGUGAGAGAUGAAAUCAAUGCGUCACGCUGAUUAAGAAAUUGUUAAAGAAACAUAAUAAGUGUCUAUUCGCUAUGAGCCGAUGAGUAGAAGGUAUUUGACAGCUUUCGCCAGCGCUGUUAGUGGCAGUUUUGUGUAUUGAAUUUGAACAAUUUUAUCAGAAAAGUAUAAGGUUCAAACCGCGAGAGAGCGCUACCGACGAAAUCCACAGCCAAUAAAAACAGAGGUAACCUCUAAAUUUCACAUAAACUUCUUCUUUUUCUAAAUGGCCUCUUGCGUAAGCAGUCAUCCAGUCGCACGAAUUUAUAUAUUAAAUAUUAAAAUUAUAAUAAAAUAAAAAAAAACAUAAUUACUUUUACUAUUAAUUCUGUGUAUUCGUUCAGUAAUCAGGUUACAAUAAUAUUUCAGUUCAUAAUUUGUGUUUUUAUAGAUAAAUAUCUGUUUUUCUCGUUUUGUGUAUUUCACAUAUACCAAUGUUAUCAGAAAAAUACAAGUUUCAAACCGUGAGGAGCGCUACCGUCGAAACUCACAGCCAAUUGACUCGGCACAAUGUAUAGUAGAGGGAAUUUGAUACCUCAUUCGUACUUUUGGUCUGUAUAUCUUCUAAAAUCUUUAAAGAAACCAUAUAUUCAGUAUGCACGAACUUGCUCAAUUCACCAAUGUCUUAAUUAGCACUAUUAUCCUGUAACGAUUUAAACUGACUACGUGUUUUCUCAUAUGCAGUCGACCUUAACAAUUUAUAGGCAAUCGACUCAAAACUACAGCUAUAAUUUGUUGCUUCGUUAUUUUUUGGAACGUAUACAUGAAGUAUCUGGCUACAAAAACUGAGAUCAAAGACAUAGCGGUGGUGUUUGUCUUUGUCCUGCGUUUUGCAAUCUACUCUUAUCCUCUCUAUCAAGUAAUGUUUGAAGAGUUAAUUGCUUGCACGUAAUAAAGCAUAUAUUUAUUAAGGUGCGUGCAGAAAAUGCAACAAUUUAUUGAACCAAGACUAAUGUGUAAUUUGGCAAUGUAUUAUAACGUCGUAAGAACAGACCGUAUCGUUGAUUGUUUGUUUUCUAUUAAACUUUGCUUUAAAGCAAAAAAAUUUUAAUGUUGCUUCAAAGCAACAUUAAAAUUAAGAUGCCGUAAGAACAGAGAGUAUCGUUUAUUGUUGGUUUUCUGUUGAACAGUGUCAAAACUUUGCUUUCAAGCAGAAAACUUUUAAUGUUGCCUCAAAGCAACAUAAAAAUUAGGACACCGUAAGAACAAAUCGUAUUGUUGCUUGUCGAUUUUCUGUUGAACAGUGGCAACACAUUGGUUUAAAGCACCGAACUUUCACUGUUGCUUUAAAGCAACAUUAAAAGUCCGACAGUAAAUACAACGCACAAAUUGUUUAUUUGGCAACGAUAUCGCAUUGCUCUGUUACACAAUGGUAUUCGUUUCUAAGUAUUGUCACAUAUAUGUAUACUCGUACCUUAAUAUUUUGUAUAGUUAUGGCACAUUUUUUGGAUUACAUGCAGACUUUAGAAAGCAAAAAUUAUUACCAACAACUUUUGGAUCUUCAAAAUUAUGUACUUCAUGUAUACUUCUUUGCUGAAUUCUCGUAACUUCCCAUUUUUGGCGCAAUAUUUGGAUAUAAUGUAAAAAACAUAUCUCUUUACAUAAAGAUAUUUUUCUUCUCAAUGUAGACAAAAAAAUAAGCAAUAUUUUUAAAAGGCAGAAAGCAGACAAUAUUUUCUAGCGAUGUUCAAAUGUAUAUGACGGAAUUGUAAUUGAGAAAAAAAUAAAUGCGAAAAUAGGGUAAAGUGGAACUGACUAAAGGGAUGUAAUAUUUUUAUUUUGACAUUAGAAAUUACAUAUUUUUUGUGUUAUUUUUUUACUUUGUAGAUAAAUAAAACAAGUUUAGUAAUAAAUAAAGCAUGACAUUUUA